AUGCUUAUCGAUGGCGAGAAGUGGGCUUGUGAAGCUUGCGUCCGGGGUCACCGUGUCAGCAGCUGUCACCACAGUGACCGCCCCUUGACCCACAUUAACAAAAAAGGCCGUCCUGUCUCCCAAUGCGCUCACUGUCGCGGCCUACGCAAGUCACGGACAACCCACACUAAGUGCGAGUGUGGUGACAAGAAAAAGAAUUGCCACAAGAAUGACUCAGAUCCCCAUGUUACUGAUAAGCGGGAUCACAAGCAGGACUCCCGUCCAAAAUGUGGCUGCACUCAUGGUCAGCGCUGCACCUGUGCGCUGAAGAAGGAACCCCACCUGGAUACCGUUCCGGAGACCGGCCUCCCUCCACCCCCAGCUGCAGCGCUGUUGGAUCAACCCAAGAAGCCGCAGCUGACAUCGACCAAAUCGGAGAGUACCUUGACUAUUUUCCGCGAUGGCCACCACAAGCCGGCUCAUAAGCACAACGACAUGGCUCAUAAAUGCGGUCUGCCCUACACGAUACCCCGUUCUCAUACCAUCCACGCUGGCGAUGUGGCCCGCCGCUCGGUCGACCACCUGCCUCUGGUCCAGCCCACGAUGCUUAACGAGGGUUUCGCGAACCAACAACAGCCUGCAGAACAGUCACCCGCGCGCGGACAACAUCGCCGUGUCAAGUCUGAACAUGGUUCUCCUGAGAGUGCCCCCGUCGUCUCGCCGGACAACGUCCCGACAACCGUUCCCCCACUCGACAUCUCGUCCUUUUUCCCUCAAGUUCAGACAGCGGAGAACGCUGGUGACGUUGGCGUUCCCGAGCCGGUCUCGAUGCCUAUGAAGACCCCUCUGGACCCACUGGUCACCUCGGGGUUACCCUUCGACAUGUCAUCAUUCUCAUCCUUCCCAACAACAGCGACAUCGCCUGUCAAUUGUGUCGCAUUCCAGGACCCCUACAAGGAGCCCUUCUUCACGUCCCCUGAGGGCGACGUGUCUCUUCAGUCGACCGCAUUCAGCGCCCCUCCAGUCGAUUGGUCAAGCUUCCCUCUGUACUCCUCGGAAGUUCCAGCCGCGACAAGCACUCAAGCACCCUCCUACGCAAGCUUCGAUUACAACUCUAUGGCUCCCGGAUUCCCAGCCCCGUCAUCGUCCGGUGACAUCUCUGAAGCGGAUGAGUUCGCGCCGAUCCCUGGCUUGGGACGUACGGGCAGCGAUCUGCACGAUCUCAACAGCGUCAGCGAGGGCUCCGAUAUCGACCAUUUCCGCAUUAGCUCGGCCUCGUCAUUCAUCGGCCUUCCUCAGGCACAGCUCUUGGCAUCGAAUAACCUUGAGUCUAUUGACAUUGACGACUUCCUCAAGUCGGCCAACGAGUCCACCGCGGCGUUGGAGCAUCAGCUCCAGGCCACCAUGGGCAUGGAAGCCAAGCAACUUCCGACCGAGGAUGCCUUCGCCAUGUCGAAUGCUGAGACCUUCAAGCCGGUGACUACGCCGACUGCCAGCAUGUCGAUGGCCACGCCCCCAACCGAGGCCGCUUGGAACGUGGGACUCUUCGACCCCAAUACUGCCCCCAUGAGCGAAAACAGCAAUGGCAAUUUCUACGUGCCGCCAUGGGUGCAGUAA